AUGACUUUCAUCGCCGCUUAUGCAAGAUCUUCUGGACGUCCCGAAUUCCGCUUUCGGAAACGGCAAUCCUUCAUCAGUUUCCGAGGCGACUGUCUCCCCACCUCUCUUUUAAAAGGUCUUAGAAACGCAUUUUUCAGCUCGACGCUGCGUGUGCGUGCGUGGGCAACAGGCGGGCAGUCGUCACGGCGGCAACAACCGAAUAGCGUGUUCCUCGGUGGAUGGGGCUACGGGAGCGGCAGGGGUCUGUACAAAAGUCGCGACUCACCCUCGUCGUUGCGGAGUCCGGCGCCGUUUCAGCUCGACAGUCCAGCAGGCCAGGCACCUCUUGAGCCGGCCGGUUCGGCUCGACUUGUCUCACUAGGUCGUUGGGCGAGAUGCGCGGUCACUCGGUCGGCAGGGCGCCUAGAAACUGUCCGACUCUUCUGCCAACUGCCUUGUGUCCACUUGGCGACGACCGAUUCUCAUCGGCCUCAAAUAGCACUACCGUUUCGGUGA